CUCUCGUUGCUUAAAAGCAGCUUUCACUCCCAAUAGUUCAAUUAAAGCGUUUCUUGAGAAGAAAUCGACCAAUCAUUCUACCCGAAGACCAUAAACAUGGCGACCGAUCCGAGACGGCGAAACCUCGUCAAAACAGAACCCGUCGCCUCCGAGACAGCACCGGGCAUAGAUGCCACCCUGAUGAAUGCAAAUCACAAUGCAAGCGGCAAUCCAAUUCCUCCCAAGAACGAAUUCAUCUUGUUCUCUGGAGUCGAUGACGCAAUGGACGAGGACGAAGAUCUCUUUGACGACUCGGAACCCCUCCAGGACGAACCCCAGCAACAAGCCGUGCCGUCCUCCUCCGGAGCAGCACCGACCGUCGGGGUAGCGGCCGGGGGUGGUUCUGCCUCUUACUAUUCGAGCGGUGUGGAAGCAAAUUACCAGUACGGCUACGGAAAUCAGGGUUCGAGCGUGGUGGUUCCGCACAGAGACGUAGACCUGCUCUCUACCGUGAUAUCCCCGUCGCCCUUUGCCCACCACUCGGUAGGGGGAGCUGGGAGCAGCAGGUACCGGAACGCGCUCACGAGGAUUGCCGCCGAUCCCCGUUCGGACGUGGAGGCCUGGGGGGCGCUGCUCGCGGAAGCCUCGGCCUGCUGGAAAUCCCUGCACAACUCGUCCGCCGACAACGGCGACGGGGGGAUCGGUGGCACCGGCAGCAACAGCGCAAGAAGCAUGCAGGUCGUACACGUGAACAUUGCCGCACGGACUAGCGCCGAAACGCAGCUCCAGCUGGACUGGAUCGAAUCGUGCUACGGAGCCUUUCUGAAGUACUUUCCGUACUCCUGCGGACACAUUCGUUCGGUCGGAGACAUACUCUUUGUGCAGUCGGCACGGGUUGGUGAGGAGGGCGGACCCACCACCGAUUACGGACAGGAAGCACCAGGAACCAUGUCACGGUCCCAGCAGGCCCAGUGGAAACUCGAGACGAUUCUGAGAAAGGCCCUGGGGGUGGAUCUCGAAGGAAACAAUGCUGCUGUAGCGCCUCUGCCGAGAUCCGGAGAGAAAGAUACCACCGAUGGUGCCACCACCACCACCAAGCAGCAUUCCCCAGCCGCAAUCGUGGGGGGAACCUGCACCCCCUCGGUGGAUUUGUGGCUAUUGUACAUCAAAACCCGUAUUCGGCACACCAGGCGCAAACAUGGCAACAGCAAAACCAUGGAGGCGGGCAAGGCCAUCAUGGAAGACUCCCGAAAAGCCUAUGAGCUGGCCCUGGGAUUUUCUGGCUUCACCUGCCACGACAAUCACCUCUUGUGGAAGGCAUAUCUGGACUUUUGCAAGGCUUCCGUCCCACCCAUCGUCAGCGAACGGGAACAAAACGCUGCCUCUCUGAUUAUGACCCCCCAGCAGCACAUGAUGUGGCUGCGCGAGGUCUACCAAAAAUUGAUCUGCCAUCCGAUGACUGGACUUGACCAGCUGUGGCAGGAAUACGAAAGCUUCGAGAAGAACCAGAGUGAGGCCCUGGCAGCGGCCCUAGUCCAAGAAUGGCAACCGAAAUACCAGCACGCGCGGAAUAUCUACCUGGAGCGAAACAAGGUCUUCAAUCCACAGGCUCUCCACUGGAAGACACGCCUGGCCGUACCGCCUGUCUCGACGUCCUGGGUGGACCAAAUGGAUGCGGAUCACGGAACCCCCGGAAUAGGAGCUACCGGUGCCGGUGGAAAGAAAAGCAGCGACAGCAAGAAAAAACUAGAUGACAAGGACGCAAGUGGAGGUGCCACCACCGAAGAAGAAUUACGUGAACACAACGAAAAACUCCAGGAAGAAUUCGACUAUCUGACGCUGUGGAAAAAACGUGUCGCCUACGAACGCACCAAUCCCGAACGACUCACCAACACGCAGGAGCUUGCACACAGGGUACGGCAGGCAUACAAGGAAAUGGUCUGCGUCUUGACUCUCUAUCCGGAAGUGUGGCACAUGUGGAGCACUUGGGAAGAGACGGUGGUGACUUCCUCCGCCGCCGCUUCGGACGACACAUCCGCCGCAAACCCCGCUGCUGUUUUCGGAAAUCGAUCCAUUGCGGUCUUGGAACUUGGGCAAGAACACAUUCCGGACUCGACGCUGCUCGUGCACGCACAGGCCCAGCUGGAGGAAAUCCACUUCCUGAGCAAAGCAUCGAGCGCUGCGGGGACUACGAAAACAGCAUCGCCCGGCGACAAUCCGGCGCUCAGGGUUUUCGAGAAAUACAUCGAGCGGGCUCCCACCUCGCUUGGUUUUUGCCUGUAUCAGCGACUCGUAAGGCGAUACAGAGGAAAGGAUGCAGCACGCCAGACGUUUGCCCGGGCGCGCCGAAUACUAUCCCAUGGAUACGACGCAGGAAAUUCGGGGUUGUCUUUCAAUGCGGGAGAGAAGCUAGAUAGGGCAGGAGCAGAACCCGCUGCGUCGGAAGAUUCCACCGCUACAAAAGUUAAUGGGAAACGCUGGAUGGUCACAAAUCGGUUGGAUCCCUCCAUUGGAAGCAAAUCCGUUUCCAGAGCGAAGUCGCAAGUUGCAUCGAACGACCAAGAAGAUACCUCGUCGUCGAUCCAGGUUGCACCGGGUCCCAUAACGUGGCACCUGUACGCAUGCCAUGCCACGAUAGAGCAUCGCCUCAACAAGUCGCCCGAAAUUGCCGGACGUGUCUAUGAACUCGGGCUGAGAAAGCAUUCCAGCUUUUUGACAAAGCCCUCCUACGUUCUCAAGUACGCCAAGCUGCUCUUGGAACUGCAGGACACCGUCAAUCUUCGGGCACUGCUGACCAGAGCCCUUGCGGCCUGUGCCGAUUCCAAAAAGAGCGGACAGGUGGAGGCCUUGUGGGACAUGACGCUAGAGUGCGAAGAACUGUGGAGUAUUUUGGAGCCAGAAAACAUCGAAGUGGCAGUCGCCAUCGAACGGAAACGACGCGCCGCCCUGCUGGGUCCAGAUAUAGAGGAUGUAUCCACUGGAUCGCGUGUGGGUUUGUCCGACAAUCGUACUACAAUUGGUGUACAAAAAUCGACCCUCGCCGAGCAAUUGCUCCGGACCGACGGAUACGACACGAGUUCGCUCAUUGUCAAUGGCCUCGGCAGAACUGUAAAUGUCUUGGAUAUCAUGGGGCUUUGGGGAGACGGAGCGAGUCGGAAACAGCAUUCGGGCAUGCUGAACAAUACCGACGAUGGUGCCGAUGAGCUCAUUCCCGGUGGUAAAAGCGACAGAUCGUACCAAAAUCGGUUGCAGUUUGCCCACAAAGUCGCGGCCGGGGUCAGCCUGAUACCUGGCACCAUGGGGGGUUCGGAAGCACCUGGUUCCAAGCUCUUGUCGGCGCGCGAACGCCUCUCACAGCAGCAGGGUGGAGCGGGACCGGGAUUCCAAAACACCCCGAUCCAGCUAGCAAUUCAGCAACAGCCUGAGUGGCUCCGGGGGAUGUUGCUCAUGCUUCCUGCCUCUCGCUUGCGAAGCCCGAUAGUUCCGAAAGCUCCACCGCACCUAGUGGUGCAAGCGCUGACGUCCCUGCGUCAGAACAAACUGCCAGAAGAACGACCAAACGAUGACAACGAAGGGAAAAACUCGUCAUCAUCACAAUCCGGGAAAAAACGGUCGGCGCUCGAUGCCAACGGAGGUGACUCUUCGGACGAAGAUACCGGUCCUACCGGUACUGGGGGCUACGGAACACAAUUCAGGGCGCGGCAGCGAGCGAGGAUGCGGAUGAACGGCAUCGAAGCUGGAUCUUCUUGAUAGUAUCAAAAGUAACGAUUCGUUGCAUAAAAUAAAUCAUAUUUUCAAAAUUAUUAUUUACUAUGCACUCUAAUCGAAUAAUACAUAGCUCCAACAAUAAACGACAUAUCUAGUGGUUACGCUGCCUAUUCCUGUGUCUCAUAAUUACGCCACUUUCGAGUACUUCGAAAUGAAUAAGAAGGAAUCAAAUAGAAAAAUUAAAUACAAUUUCUGAUUUUUUAUUGCUUUGUGGAUGACUAAGAUCAACGCGUGACGUGCGACGUCACAACCUGCUGCCUUUUCCAGUUUCAUCAAAGUCCACGCGGCUUUGCCUAAACAUGUAUCAAAUAAAACGAAGCACACGGGUGUUGUCGCGGUUUACGAGAAAGCACCCGUGCAACCCCAUAGAUUUGGGGUCUCGUAAUCGUACAAAUGAAUCCAAUGAUUGGCGGCUCUUUUCUCUCCACGAAUGACAUCAGUGGCCUCGUGAUACAUGCGUCUGUCUGAGAUUUCGGGAUUUUCAUCCAAUACGGAUGGCCAAACGAGGGCCCGUCCUUUCUUCGGUGUCACAUCGAGUCCUAGUUUCGUAAACCGUGUCGCUCCACCCUCUUCCACGUCCGAUAGGUACAAAAAGAAGGUAAGGAUUCGAUGUCCUGCUGCGGUGUCAUCCUUUCCAUCCGAGGAAUCGUGGUGCAUCCUAUAAAACUGAUUCUUUUGGUACUCCAAUAUUUGAAAGGAUUCAUAGUUUACUUUGGGGACUCCCGUCACCUUUUGGAUCUUUUCUGUUGCGCUUAUGACACCGGGCAACAUCUCACAUUUGUCGGUACACCACGCAUUCGAAGAGGUUCGUGUCUUUGAGACUACUUGUUCCAUUUCACCGAAUUGGUUUACUUGUCCCUGAUCGGUAGAACGAUCGAAUCCGGCAAGUUCUCCGCCCUUCCAGAUCUGAUCUGAUUCGAAGUCGGUCAAAAAGGUGUCGAACGUAAUAAUCCACGGUCCAUCCCGCCCACCAAAUUUUGCACCGGGGGAGCUCAAGACAUUCGGUGUGUACUGUUGGAAGUCCUCGUCGGUGACCCACUUCUCGAACAACUUGUUGAGAUCGCCUGGUUCCCACGCCGGACCCCCCAUGCCGAGGUUCUCUCUAGAGCAUCGAAUAUCGGCGUCCAAUAAUUCGGAUGCGUUCAACUCCUCGUCACAACUUUUACAACAGUUCACGAUCAUCCAUCCAGGAGCCUCGGAACACAAUCCUUUUGUGGCUGGAAACGGAAGGCAACGAAAUAAAUUUACGACAGAAUCAAGUAAAGUACAUUGUAAGCGGAAAACACGAUUUCGAGCACCAGAUGUAUCUACUACCGACGAAUCGCUCGAUAGACUUGUCUCACCUUCGCCUGCACACAUUGAAUAACGAUCGACACAGCGGUUCUUCUCCGCACGUUCUCCUCUCAACGGUGCUGCACCCUCCGGAAUAACAAGUUUUUCGUUUGGUUUCUGGGCCACUAUUCUCAGCGGUUUGUCUUCUUCUCCUUCAACAGCUUCUGGAUACAAAUUUUCACGAACGCCGUGUCUGGUGAUGAAGAAGGCGUGUCCCUGAGAGGUUGUAACUCCCAUCGUUUCUCCUGGAUCGACGGUAGCAAUAGACACUCCCUGCCAUCCGUCGUCCCAGUAGACAUCCGCUCGAUAUUUGGACUUGUUGACCACAUGGAUAGAAAAUUGCUCGUUGGGGUCAAAUGAUUUCACUUCCCCAGUUUCGUCGUCUAUGUAAUCCUGCAAGUCGGCAGAUGCCGUUCCCAUGACCAACGCGAACGCCAUCGCCGCCGCCAUCAGAAUGAAAAGCAACGAUUUUCGGUGGCUACCGUAUCUUGCUCGUCGAGAAUUGAAAAGCGAUGCCAUCUUUCUUCCUUUUUUAUCUGUAUUUUCACCUGUUCCUCCUUGCAUGAAUAAUAUGAGAUGAUUGCU